AUGGCGAAUUCCCACGAUUCGUUUCAAACGCCCUUCGAAGUAACGGAAAUCCCAUCUACUGGAAAAGGUGUGCGGGUUAGCUUAGGUGUGAGGGUUUGUGUAAGAUUAGUGAACAGCUACAUCUACAAGCAGAAUGAAUCGUUUUCUGAGACUCUUUAUUUUACUUUUUGUGUUUCCCUUUUCAUAUGGUGAUCCUCGUAAAAGUAGUCGCUAUCAGCCGCCAAAGCCUCGAUUCGAAGUGUUUGAUCCGAAGGGAUUGAUUGUGUGGAUUAACGCUGAUCCAGGAAUUAGUUCGUUUACAUUUCACGGGAAACUUAAUCAGCAAUUUGUACAGAAUUACGAUGUUGGACGAUGGGCUCAGACAAUAAUUAAAAUAAAAAACGGCCGAUACCUUUUCAUCGAUCGCGAAGCAAAACUCGUACCAGGUGAUACCAUAUUUUAUCGUACAGUGAUUGUUCGUAACGGACAGACCUACCGUACGAAUUCCGGAGCGUUUACCGUGGAAGAGCUGCGUCCGGCAGCUACACCUUCACCCACAUCCACUUCCGGUAUCGUGUCGCGCUCUGCUACGUCCGAGCUAUAUCCAUAUGUGCUCACCGCAAAUGAACGACGAACUAAGGACGUGAGGUCAACCGCUACCCAAACUGAUGAUUACGAGGGAAAUUCAGCUGAACAUUGCGCUAAAGCACAAACCAUUGUAAAUGGACGAAAAGUGUGUGCUGGUAAACUGUUGUUUGAGGAUAAUUUUAAUGGUCGUUCGAUAGAUUUGCGCAAGUGGCGCAUUGAGAACCGUUUUGCAUCUGACCCCGACAAUGAAUUUGUGGUUUAUGCUGAUUUCCCGGAAAAUAUAAUGAUACAAAAUGGUCUAUUAGCUAUCCGCCCCACUCUGUUCGAGGAAAAAUUUGGACCAGGUGCGACGACUCAGCAGUUUAGGUUUGGCGAAGAGUGCACGGGCCAUAGCAGUUCGCGGGACUGUAUCCGAGACACGAAGAUUGAUUUUGACAUGAUUCCGCCGGUACUUACAGCCCAGAUUACAACUAUAACCAGCUUUAAAUUUACAUUUGGAAAGGUGUUGAUUCGGGCAAAAUUGCCUGAGGGUAGUUGGAUUUUUCCACAGCUAUAUAUCAUCCCUGCCACGGACUUUUAUGGCCAAGACAGUUAUGCUUCCGGAUUAAUGCGCAUUGCAUUUGUACCUGGUGGACCGCAGUUCAGGAAUCAACUAUCCGGUGGACUGCUUGUGAGCGACAGUGAACCUUUGCGCUGCUCUAAAAUGUGCACUUUGAACAAAAAUGUCCAAUGGAGUUCUGAUUACCACGUGUAUGGGCUGAAGUGGACUCCAGAAGGGGUAUGGAUGGAAGUGGAUGAUGAGGUGUACUGUGCCAUUGAUCCUGGAGAAGGGUUAUACCGAACCAUUCAGUCUAGAAAGCCUCAAAUUGCAAAUCUGUGGCAAUUGAGCGGAUCCCGGAUGGCUCCGUUCGACAAGGAUUUCUAUCUUGGUCUUGGAGUAGGUGUGGGAGGUCAUUAUGAUUUCCAUCAAUUUAACGGGAAACCUUGGAAAGAUUUAGGAGUAAAAGCCAUGUUUACCUUUUGGAAAGCUAGAGACAAGUGGUAUCCUACUUGGAAUGUGAAUAGUACCAUGCUUGUCGAUUACGUUCGCGUGUUUGGUGUUUAACCAUGUUUGCCUUCAAGAGCGUCGAAUAACAUCGACUCAAACCAUAUGCCAGUCUCAAAAUGCGUAAAAACAUUUUUGCUUGAUAUUCAGAUGGCAGAAGAGUUAUAACCUACAGCCAUUUUUUAAUACAUAUGUUGGUCAAAAUUGCCCUGCCUUAAUAUGAUUUCAAUUGCCAGCAAUAAAAUGGACUAAACAAGUUUCAACUCAGAUGAUCAUUCACGAGAAAAGGUGGAAAUGCUUUAUAUUAGAUUCAUACUACUGUUAAUUUUAAGUAAAUUAGGAUGUGAGAACUAACAAAUAAUGUAAUACGGCACAAUACAUAAUUUAAAAAAACAACAUAAUUAUAAAAUAAAUUGGCGUAUUUUUGUCAUUACAAAUAGCAGCGAAAACUUUACAGUGUACGAUACGGAACCAAGUCAUAAACUGGCAGCCCGGCCGCGCUUGCGCAAAACGUAAACAAAACAAGCUUGACGGUGUUCGUAGAUGUCAAACAGCGGAAAGUACAAUACAGUAGAAAUUUAGCAAAAGUAAAAUCCUAUUGUACUGUAUCAAAACGGUCUCCUGUUUUCGGCUCUCUAUUUAGUGAUUAAUGCAGUAAUAUGUACAUUUGAAGCAAAGUCGAGGUUUUCAGCUAAGUAAAAAAGUGACAAACGCCCAAAAACGCAAUCCUCUCACGAAGCAUUGACAAUGUAAGUGUGGUCAUUGCGCAUGGUAAUAGCCUAUAUUGAGCAGUCUUUAAAGGAAGGAAGAAAGAAAGGAAUAUUACGCGGCAACGGAUGGUAAUACAGGUCACCAAAUGGGUCAAAACGGUUAAAGGCCAAUCGUUGCGAUCUGAUCGAGACGAAACGUGUAGAAAACAAACGAACCGGCAGUCGUUGAAAUGUGAUGCAUGCAUAAUAUCUAGCUAACCUCGUUCAUCGACACCGAGAACAGCGCCGGAAACAACAAUUGGUGUGACUUAGUCAUCGAGAAGCGCAUUUGGAAGCAAAGCAAAGCAGCGCCAAAAGAACAUAACAACCAAAGUUUAGUCAAAUGGUUGUAACCGCGUAGAAUGUAAAACAAGUCCGUUAAAUAUUAGAAAUGGCAUCGUACCUAGCACACGGUGUGCCUUUGUAUGUCUAAA